AUGUUCUGGCUGUGUCUCAUACCAGAGCUCCUUCAGUGUCAUCAACAGGAUGACAAUGUGGAGAACAGCUCUACACAGCUGACUCCCCAAUGCAUUAAGUGUCUCAAGACAUAUGCAAAGAAACUCUGUAAGGAUCUCAGCAUUGAGGAGAAAGCUGUCUUUGACUUCAUUGAUACUGGUGACCUUUUUUCAAUGCUUGUUGAUAUUAAAGCUACCUUUGUUAAAUACAAUGCUAGUAACAAGGCCUCUGAACCCCAAGUGCUUCAAGACACUCAGCAUCACAUGAUGGUGCAUCAUCAGCAAGUUUCCACCUUUGUCUGGGUCAUUACAAUGUACUAUCCACAGGAGUUUAUUGCCAAUCACCUAGACAUAUUCAAGAUACCAGCUACCAUACUCAAUGAUAAUGAGCUUCAAAGCACCCUUGGAAAGAUCAUAACAAGUUGCCUCAAGUCACAUCAAACAUGCAUUAUCAAAGUAGGAAAGGCUGUGGCAUGUAGUAGCCCUGGAAUGGAAGUAGAUGCGAGCCACUGGGCAAGGUUAGCAUUCCUGCACUGCUGCCUCUGCCUCUUCCUCAUUGGUGUAGGUGACCACAAGAUAGCCCCCCUCAGCACUCAUUUCACUCCUCAACUCAUUCUGAUGCUCAAGAGUGAUAUGUGUACCAAAGUUGAGUGCAACCUCAGCAUCAAUAUCAGUGAGAUAGAGCAAUGGGCUGUCUCUGCAGACAACACAGAUGAAAGCAUCACUGACACACCUGUGACAGGGGAUGGCAGCAGUUCAGCUCCCACUGGGGAUGAGUCUGGGCCUGGGGCCAAUUUCAACUGGAGCAGACUUGAUGAUAACAUGGAUGACCUUCAAGGUGAUGCCAACAGUAUUGUGGAUGCUGGACCAAAUCUGGAUGCUGACACCUUGAGCAAUGAUGGUGAUGAUUUGGAUCCCUCUGACUCUGGCUUCAGGCUUGGUGGACAACCUGUGCACUUCAAUGUCACUAAGUUCUGGAAUUACAUCAACUAUAUGCUCAAUACCUCUGCUGGACUGCAUGCAAGAAUGCCCACACAAAGGAGUUGUACAUCAGUAAACCAGUAG